AUGCCGAGUCAAGAGGUAGUCACAACGAAGGUUGUAGUUCAUCCUUUAGUAUUGUUAAGCGUUGUGGACCAUUUUAAUCGAAUGGGAAAAAUUGGCAACCAAAAGCGAGUAGUUGGAGUUCUAUUAGGGUGUUGGAGAGCCAAGGGAGUCUUGGAUGUUUCGAACAGCUUUGCGGUUCCUUUUGAUGAAGAUGACAAGGACAAGUCUGUUUGGUUUUUAGACCAUGAUUACUUGGAGAACAUGUAUGGGAUGUUUAAAAAAGUAAACGCCCGUGAGAAGGUUGUAGGUUGGUAUCAUACUGGGCCUAAACUACAUCAAAAUGAUGUGGCAAUAAAUGAGUUGAUUAGACGUUAUUGUCCUAACUCUGUUCUUGUUAUUAUUGAUGCUAAGCCAAAAGAUCUUGGUUUGCCCACUGAAGCAUACCAGGCCGUAGAAGAAGUUCACGAUGAUGGUAGUCCUACAACGAGAACAUUUGAACAUGUGCCUAGUGAGAUAGGUGCAGAAGAGGCAGAAGAAGUUGGAGUUGAACACUUGCUCAGAGACAUUAAAGAUACAACUGUUGGUAGUCUCUCACAACGUAUCACUAAUCAGUUGCUCGGACUUCGUGGCCUUCAUUCACAACUUAGCGAAAUCCGCGAUUACCUUAUUCAAGUUGGACAGGGAUCCCUACCAAUGAACCACCAAAUCAUAUACCAGUUACAGGACAUAUUCAACUUAUUGCCUGAUAUUGCUAGUGAUAACUUUAUUGAUAACCUGUAUAUCAAGACUAAUGAUCAAUCUCUCGUUGUAUACCUAGCCGCACUUGUCAGAUCUAUAAUAGCUUUGCAUAAUCUUAUCAACAAUAAAAUAACAAACAGAGAUGCAGAAGAAGGAAAGAAAGAAGAGUCUAAAGAAAAGAAAGAUAAAAAAGAUGAUAAAGACGAUAAGAAGACAGAAGACAAAGUAAAAGCAGAUAAAAAAGAAAAGGAAGAAAAGAAAAAGUAA